CCGGAUGCCGUGCCGGUCACUGGUGAUGACACCUCUGUGCAUGUCCUGACGCCCUAGUGUUGGCAAUUGAUACUGGGAGUUUGACAGCCGACAACUGCUACUUUCACUGGAGGACUUUUGUUGCAGCGGUAGAAAGUGCUGCGUCCUGCUCACCUGCUCUCUUCCCGCUUUAGCGACGACGACGUUGAUCCGGGCCGACGCCAUCGCCGUCGCCGACACGUACAGACAACCUCGUAAAGCCUGGUCGACCGCGGUCCCGGUUCUUCCGUCCCGACCAGCAUUUUCCGAGACCAUUCACUCUCCCCGUUCGGUUUUCCAUCCCGGGGACAAAGCCUGACCUCAAGACUCCCAUCCAAACCGAAUAACAAAAAGGGGAAGAGGAGGAAGAAAAACCAGAAAUGUCCUACUUCCGCAUCACCCUCCACCGCUCGGCGAUCGGCAUGCCGAAGCGCACGCGCGGGGUCCUGGCCGCCCUGGGCCUGCACCGGCGCUCCCAGGUCGUCUUCCACCCCGUCAGCGCGCAGUGCGCGGGCAUGAUCAUGAAGGUCAAGGAGCUGGUGCGCGUCGACGAGGUCGAGCGGCCGCUGACCAAGGCCGAGGUGAAGGCCGAGCGCACCCCGGACCCGGGUUUCUACGUUGAGCGGGCCGUCCCGCGGAUGGCUGAUCCUACAAUUUCUCCUUCUUCUUCCGCGAUAUCUGCUGCUGUGAAGGAGCUCGGGAGGGUGCGAAGCCAAGGGCAAGGGGGGCAGGAGGAAGGGCUUGAGGUGAGGUUAUGAGGUGGGCUAAGCGGAGGGGAGAUGGAUUGCUUUGGCCUUUUUGCUUGGGGAUGGGGUGGGUGUGUAAGCAGUUGGAGGUGUAGGAGAGGCGGAGGAGCAAGCAAGAAAGAGGAUAUAUCCCCUAGGGCUCUGUGAGAAAUGCCCGGGCUUGGGUUUGUAAACUACUUGUACCAGAAAUGAGAUAUCCGUAGUGUUGGGGCUUUGGGUUAGAUGGAUACACAUGUCCGCUGCAAAACGACACAUCGGGUGUCUACCAUGGUAUUCGUAACCAUUGAUUUCGCUAUCUGCCCAGGCAGCGGGACCUGAAUGUGUAAGGUCAAAUAACAAACAGAC